GGGAGCCACCUGGUUCUUUUAGCCAUGAAGGCAGAGACUGUGCCCCCAAGCCAGGGGACCCCAGCUGAGUCCAGCUGUAGCCUUAAUAACCUGUUGGGUAGCCGAAAGCUGAUAGCUAUGGGGAUUGUGCUUUGCUGGCUCUUGAUCAUUCACAUUCUGGUCAAUGUGUGGCUUCUUUUCCUUCUGUCUGCAUUGCUAGUGGUGCUGGGAGGAUGGCUGGGCUCAAAUGCCAUUGUGAAUAUUACAGGUCGACUGCACCUGGAACGCUUCAUCCCAGUGGCUGUCUGCCCACCAAGCCCAGAGGCAGAGAGGCAGCUGGAACAGGAAAUCAACCGUACCAUCCGGUUGAUUAUUCGAGACUUUGUGUCAUCCUGGUAUCGCUUAGUGAGCCAGGAGCCAGCCUUUGAGGAAGAGAUGGAGGCAGCCAUGAAAGGGUUGGUCCAGGAGCUCCGAAGGAGAAUGAGCAUGGGGGACAGUCAUGCUCUUGCCCAGAGGCUUCUGACUCUCUGUGGUUGUCAUCUGCAGAGCUAUAUUCAGGCAAAGGCAGCCACUGCGGGGAAGCCCAGUAAUGCAACUGAGCCCUCCCAGCUCUGGGAGGCUUACUGCCAGGCUACUGCCCCACAUCCUGCUGUGAAAAGCCCCAGCUCUGAGGUCACCCAUACUCGUGGCAUUGUUGAUGUGUUACUUCGAGGACUAGUGCCUAAACCUCAUUUGGAGACCCGGACUGGACGCCAUGUAGUGGUUGAACUAAUUACUUGCAAUGUAAUCUUACCAUUGAUCAGCAAGCUAUCUGAUCCUGACUGGAUCCACCUUGUACUUGUAGGCAUCUUUUCCAAGGCCAGAGAUGAUCCAGCGGAAGAAUCUGAACCACUCUGCCCAGCCAGUGCUCUGGAAUUGCCCUCAGUGUCCACAUGUCUGCCACUGAUUGUUGAAGUAGAGAGAUUGCCAGAAAGAAGAGCUCCUUCUCCAGUAUCAGCCCCAGUGCUCCUAAACUGUAGUGAGCCAGAGGGGCCUUCAGACCCCACUCCAGAGGUUGUAGAAGGCCAGGAAGCUAUAGAGGGAGAUUCCGGUGGCAUUCUAGAAGAAAGAAAAGUAGGAAGCAACUCAUCUCAUUUUCUACAGCCAAAUACUCAAGACCCCCUGUUUUUAUGUGAAGAUUCAGAGCUGGAGUCUCCACUCUCUGAAAUGAGCAAAGAAACUCUCAUGCUUAUGACCCCAGGCAACUUCCUCUCUGACAGGAUCCGAGAUGCCCUGUGUGCUCUAGGGGACUCCCAGGUUCUGGAGCCUAAGGAUAGUGAGGGAUCAGAAGGAAUUGAAGCAGAGGCUGAGGAGGAUCCAGGGACAGAAACAGAGACACACCUGCUUGUCUCCAUGCUGAAUGCCUGCCCAGAGAUACAUAUUGACACAGUAGACAAGACUGUAGAGCAAGGAGAUGCCACUUCUCUUACAGUUUUGCCAGAAGGACCAGAUAUAACCUGCCUCCAACGACCUUCAUGCUUACAGAAGGAUCUCACAAAUAGUGUGAGCUCCCUUGAUUCUAGUCUGCCACCGGUUCUGCUUUCCUCCUCUCCAACCAGCUCUCUCAGCUCAGCCACCUUCAGCUUUGAGUCCCUCAGCAGUCCAGAUGGCCCAGUUAUCAUCCAGAACCUUCGUAUCACUGGUACCAUUACUGCCCGCGAGCACAGUGGUACUGGCUUCCACCCGUACACACUCUACACUGUCAAGUAUGAGACAUCCUUUGAUGGUGAGAACACAAGUAGCCUACAGCAGUUGGCCUACCACACUGUGAAUCGCCGCUACCGGGAGUUCUUGAAUCUGCAGACCCGGCUGGAGGAGAAACCGGAUCUACGAAAGUUCAUCAAAAAUGUGAAGGGCCCUAAAAAGCUCUUUCCAGAUCUUCCCUUUGGAAACAUGGAUAGUGACAGAGUAGAAGCCCGUAAGAGCCUUCUGGAAUCAUUUCUAAAGCAAUUAUGUGCCAUUCCUGAGAUAGCCAACACUGAGGAGAUGCAAGAGUUCCUCGCUCUCAAUACUGAUGCUCGUAUUGCCUUUGUCAAGAAACCUUUCAUGGUCUCCAGAAUAGACAAGAUGGUGGUGAGUGCUAUCAUGGAUACCUUGAAAACAGCAUUUCCUCGCUCUGAGCCCCAGAGUCCCACAGAGGAGCUGAGUGAGGCUGAGACAGAAAGCAAGCCCCAAACAGAAGGCAAGAAGGCUAACAAGUCCAGACUGAGGUUCUCAUCCGGUAAAAUUGCUCCAGCACUGAAUAUGACUGAAGCACAUGAGAAGGUACUCUAUUGUAUCCAAGAAGGCAGUAUGGAAUCAGCGAUCCUUUCCCUGUCCGGAAUGGAAUCUUUUAUUGAAAAACAGAACAAGUUGUUAGAAAUGCAGCCAGAGAAAGUCCCAGAAAAUUAUUCUGAACAAAUUCCCAAAGGAUGUGUGGAUGGUUGCUUGUCAGAUACAGCUGUGCCAACUUCUGACCUCAACAACAGUGAUCCAGAGACAGAGACAGAGUUAGCUGACACAGCCAUUAAUCUUCUCCUCUUGUUGCUCAUGGAACAGUGGAGAUGGCUAUGUACUGAAAAUAUGCAGAAAGUUCUUAAUCUGAUGUUUGGAACCCUAAUUCAGAGGUGGCUAGAGGUACAGGUAGAUAAUCUGACAUGUCCACAGCACUGGGUACAGUACCUCCAGCUUCUUCAGGAAUCCAUCUGGCCUGGAGGACUUUUGCCUAAGUUACCACGGCCUGUAAGGACCCAAGAACAGAAGGUGGCUACUAAGAAACAGGCUUUACAGAGUCUGAUGGGAGUCCUGCCAGAUAUUGUAGUAGAAAUCCUUGGAGUGAACAAAUGCCGGCUGAGCUGGGAUCUAGUCUUGGAAUCACUACAGCAACCCCUCAUCAACAGGCAUUUGAUUUACUGCCUUUGGGACAUCAUCCUGGAAUUCUUGGAUCUCAGAGCCUCUGUUGAAGAGUCUACCACAAUCACCUCUGCCUCAGAUACCCCAGGCAGUCCCAAAAUGAUUGGUGUCUCCUCUCAGCUAUAG